AUGGACAAGUUUACUGGUAUGAUAGGUCCUGUCCUAGACGAGGAUACAGAGCUGGAGGAGGGCUUCAAGGAAUGCAUGAAUCACACUGUGACUCCGGAUGAAUUUGAAGCAGCAUGGGCACCUAUGGUGGCCAAGUAUGGUUUACAAAACAAUGUGCAUUUUCAACGCCUAUAUGCGAUCAGGAGCAGUUUUGUGCCAGCAUACUACAUGCAUUGUUUCUACCCGUUUUUGCAAUCCACUCAGAGGAGAGAAGGUUUCAAUGCUGUGCUAAAGAAAUAUGUGAACCCAAAUAUGUCUGUUUUGCACUUUGUGAGGCAAUACCAAAAGAUUCAAGACAAGUGUUUGGGUGUGCAAGAUGGGCAGGACUUCAAGACGAAUGAUAGGAAUCGGCGGAGGUGCUCUAGAUACCCUAUUGAGAAACAUGCAUCUGCUGUGUACACUAAGAACCUAUUCUACAGGUUCUCAAAAGAGUUUGAAAAGACAGCGGAAUAUGAUGUGAAGCCUAAAGGCCAAUUUCAAUUUUGGCUAGUCCCUAACAACUAUGUCUAUGGCUAUGGCAACAGGACGUAUUUAGUGACUGCACUUGAGGAUGAGGGGAACUAUUACAGUGAAUGCAGCAAAUUUGAUAGAGAUGGCAUAAUUUGUUGCCACAUUAUGAAGAUACUAAUAAGGUUGGGUGUGAAGGCAAUACAUGAAUGCUACAUUCUAAAAAGGUGGACACAAGAAGCUAUUCCUGAAAAUGAAAAUGCUAAUUCUAAUGCACAUUUGCCAGCUGAUUUCAUAGCCCGUGAUGACAUCAAAAAAAGGAGGCCUAGCAGGCAGAAGGUCCGUGCAAAUCCAGAGCCUUCCGGAGUGGCUAAUAUGUCUAUUAUUGUUGCUAAUGGUACUGCUGCUAGCACACAUGGUGUUGUUGCUCCUGAUCUUGAACUGCAUUCUGGUCCAUCUAGUGAGGUUGGUGUUGAAACUACAGGUGUUUUGCCAGCAAUAUAG